UUCAAUUUUAAAUUAUUUGGAUGAUUGAUAUUGAUUUUGUGUCGAUACACAAUCAUCAUCGUCAUUGUUCAUCGGUUUUUUUUUGUUACUCCACAUCCGAUCAUAACUUGCUAAGUAUUAGCGCUAAAAUGAGAUACAAAGAUGUGGAUGUAUUGAUCGAUGAACAAACAAGUGUUAUUUAUCGAAUCAUACUGAGUAGUAUAUUGAUCAUCAUGAUUGUCAAUAAUAACAAACAACAUCAGCAUCGAUUGAUAGAUAAUUUCAAAUACUAAAGAGCCGGUUAUUCAAUUCGAUCAUCAAGAUAGUCUAUACGAUCAAAUGAUUAUAACAUUGGGCUCAAACUUUUUUCAAAGUCUCAGAUGUCCAAAUUUGUCGCACGAUAUUUCAUAUUAUAUUCAACUUUAAUCAUCGAACAUUAUCGAUAACGACUGAAAAAUGAAAAACCCAAAAUAUCUAACUCUUUUAUCACUCUAUCUGCCUUCAAGCUAAAAGUUCAAUUUUGAAAUAAAAAUAAUUGCAUUCAAAUAGAAAAAAAAACAUCAUAUAACAAAUGCAUCGAUGAACACUUACUUCCAGGUGAUGUUUCAAAAUUUUUUUCUUGUGAAAAAAAAUAGUUGUCAUAGUCGUCUCAAACAUCCAUGUCUAUGUUGUGUGUAUUAAAAGAGAAAAAUUCCUUCAUUCAUUUUAUUUGUCUCUUUUUUCUGUCGAUAUAUCAAGCUAUCAGCUCUCACACUCAAUCCCUCAACUCGCUACCUGUCGGUGUAUUUGUAUAGUGGUUGCUCAAAAAAAUAGAAAAACAUUUUCUUCCUCUUCAAACUUGCUUUGCUUUUGAAGAUGCUAAACAAGAAAGUCUAUGCUUAAGCCAAAGAAACCUCGAAGCAACAAGUUCAUGGCCUAUUAGCGACUUGAGAUGAUGACGACGACGACGGCGACGGCUACCCAACCGUUUUUUUUGUACAAAUUAAUAAAAAAUAUAUUACCGUUCAACAACAUUUCAGCAUUAUUUUCAUAAUAUUUAAUUACCUUCAUUUACGAUUAGAUAAUAGCAUUAUAAUUCAAACCAAAUCAUCUAAAAUACAACUUCAAAAUCAAUUUUGAUCCAUAUAUGUGUAUAAAUGAAGACCAAAUUUAAAUGAUGAUUAACUAAUGAUGAUGACGACCUUGAUAGACAAAAAUAAUGCGUCCAACGCAUUCCAAAAUGAUUUGUAUAUUGUGCCUUUUUUCGUUCCAAAUUUUCAUUUACUGUUUCCAAAUUCUUCCAUUAAUUGAAUCAAUAUCAUUGAACCACCAACAUUGAAAUUGGAAUUUUUCAUUGAAAAUCAUGCGUCAUAUAUUCAAUUAAACUAAAGAAAAAAAAUCAUCUUCAUCAUCUUGGCUUGGUUGGCUUAUAGCCAUAUGGCUGUAAAAUUAGGAGUUGUCGUCAUCAUUUUAAAAACAAAAAUCCUGUUAUUACAUAUGAACACACGUACAUCUUGUUGGCAUUUUUUUUCUCCAUUCAUUCAUUCAUUCAAACUCACACAUUGAAAUAAAAUGUUCGCACCGCUGAUGAUCAUGAUUAUUGUGAUCAUGACGAUGAUAUAUUCUGUUUAAUAAUAUCAUCAUUGUCGUCAACCGCCACCACAAUCACAAAUUUUGCUUUGUUGAUCAUCAUCAUCCUUGAUACUUCUCUUUUAUCAAAAAAGUGCGAGUGCGUUUGUUUCAGGUUCACUAUUUGAUUCGUUUUGUUGGCCGAAUGCAUCCAAAAUGGAUCGUUAAUUUUGAAUUUUAUUUUGUUUACGUGAAAAAAAUUGGUGAUCAUCAUCGUGGACAAGUUGGCUAUUUUUUGUUUUGUUUAUUUGUUGCCAUGUCUAAUGACGACGACAGGCAUGUCUGUCAUUGUUUAUAUUUUUUUCCCGAUAAUUGUUUGUGAUUGAAAUGCAUGGCCUUGUCUUCCUUUUUAAUUUUUACUAUUUGCAAUAAGCCCGAAUUCCUAUACAUAUCGUCGAAACGAACUUGUUUGUGUGUUGAUGUGAUAAAAGUGAAUAUUUUUUUCUAUUCUUCCAUUGGACAUGAUUUAAAAGUCUGAUAUUCAAAUCGAUUGUUCAUUGGCCCGGUCAUGCUCUUUGAUUUCAGCUUUAAAAAUAUAUGAAAAUCGAUCGUUCUUUUAUAUAAAAUUUCGUUUUUAAAAAAUUCGUGGUUAUAAGAAAUCGUUUUUACUCCAAAUUCAACGUUAUUGGGAAAAAAGUGCCAUUUUCGAAAAUCUUGAUUAUAUUUUCUCUUUGAAUCAUAUUUACCAGAAUUAUAUUAUCGCCAAUAUGGCAGAUUUCGAUGUCAUUCGUGAUCAAACAUUGAUGUUUUUUCUGGAUCAUCUGAUCGGCAAAGGUCAAUCACGAACCCUACAUGAUUUGUCAUGUCAAUUUGGAGCCAAAGGUUUUACAAAAGAAAUGCGACAAAUUGCUGGUGGUAGCCAAGCUGGUUUGAAAAAAUUUCUGCUCAAAUUCCCAUCAUUAUUCACUAUCGAUGGUGAAACUGUUUUACUCACACCAUUGAUUAGCGAUCAUGAUGGAUCGGCAGUGCGUGAUUAUACAAAAGAAACAACCGAAUUCUUUACGGAAAAACUUAACUCAUAUGGCAUAGCUGAAGUACCUUUGAAAAGUUUAUUUGGUCAUAGGUCUCAAGCAUCAUCCGAAAUUCGUCAUGUUUCAGGCCAAAAUGUUAAAGAAUUUCGUGAAUUUCUAGAAAAAUAUUCAUCCAUUUUUGUUGUUCGUGAUGAUUAUGUAGUACUCAAAUCCGUACUUGAUCAGCUAGAACAAGAUGGUCAUAAUAACCAAUUAAGACGUAUGCCUGAGGAAAUUCAACAUGAUCCAUAUUUGAUGCAACAAUUGGUUCAAGAUCUUGAAGAUAAGGUCUAUAGCCUGACUGAAACUUAUUCAAAUAAAAUUUCUAUCGACCUAUUAUAUAAUGCUAUGCAAUCCAAGGAGCAACUACCAGCUUUAUGGAAUGAUUUUAUCAAAGUGCCAACCGAUUUAAUAACCUUUUUACAUAUGAAUUCAAGGAUAUUUCUCGUACAAGGUCAGAUGGUCUCAUUGACUAAUGAACGGUUAACCGUUCUACGUGAUAAAAAACAGCAGAUACAACUUGAACCCGAUCAAUAUUCUAGUCAAUCACAAAUUCAACAGCAAUCACCUAGCCGAAAAGUGCAGCAACAGAAUGUAGCCACUUCUUCAUCAUCUUCGUCUUCCAAUGGUCGAAUGGCAAGAACAUCAUCCUCAUCACAACAAUCAGCUGUUAAUCAACGAAUUCGAUCUCAAAUCAUUAAAAUUGUCUCACAAGGAUGCCAUAAUUCGCCCUCAACAUCAUCUUUGUUAGCAAGUGAUCAUCAAAAUUAUCGCCAUUUUCCAAACAACAAUGAUGAACCAUUAUCGAUAGAUAAUCAGAAUGACUCCAAUCAAUAUGAUAGCAUAGAUUUACAAUUAAUCAAACCACGAAUUGUCGUCAAGAAUAAAGAUUGUGAAAUGAUUGUUGAUGAAAUUUUUGCUUCUUCCAUUGGUGGAAAUUGUCCUGUUAUUGGAUUUGAUGUUGAAGGUGUCAAUCUGGGAACGAGCGGUGAAGUUACAUUGAUACAAAUAUCAUAUAAACGAACUGUCAAUAGAUCUAAUAAUAGUAGCAUUCAAAUUGUUUUGUUCGAUGUUUUUUUAAAUCCUACCAUGAUACAAAAUGGCCUUAAAAGAUUAUUGGAAUCUGAAGAUAUUGUAAAAGUUGGCCAUGAUGUUCGUACGAAUUCUGUUUCACUUUAUCGAAGUUUUGGAAUUACAUUGAAAAAUGUAUUCGAUACUCAGGUAGCACAUCUGAUUAUACAGCAACAAUCUACUGGACGACCAGCAUAUAAACCGACCAAAUAUAUUUCAUUCUAUACAUUGUGUAACGUUUAUGGUGGCUUAAAUUUGAAUCCCAAACAAAAAGAUCGGCUACAUAAGAUAUAUAGAAAAGAUUAUAAAUAUUGGAAAAAUCGUCCACUAAUCGAUGAAAUGAUACAGUUUGCUGUUACCGAAGUUUAUGCAUUAUAUCCAACUGUUUAUGAAAAUUUAAGUGGUCAAAUUCGUACAGAAUAUGAACCACUUUUCAAACAACUUGUAUAUGAAUCGGUUUUCGCUUACAUAAAUAUCGAUGAAAUAAAACAAUUAAAACGACAGCGAAAAUUUGAAUUGGAAUUGACUGAUCUGAAAUUGAAAUUGUUUAAUAAUGAUAAGAAAAAAAUUGUUCUGAGUAAUCGAGAAAUACGACUUUUAAGGUAUAUUGAUAUUACUGAAGAAAUUCGUAAUAAAAUCGAAGGUCCGAUGAAUGUAGCGAAAAAAUUGAAACGUUUUGAAAAUCGCAAACAUAAUGGAAUUAAUGGUGAAGAAAACAAUAAAAGUGUUGGAGAAAGUGAUUCGGAUGUUGGUGAUUCUGAUGUCGAAUGUUAUAUUGAUACAGAAAAUCGUGUCCUUAUGGAUGAUUAUUAUUAUUCGGAGAAACAGACAUCCAGUUUAUCUCCAUCCAGUCGAGAAUAUGAUCAUUCGGGCGAAUUCAAUUCGUCAGGCAUUGGGCUAGAAUCACAACAAUGUUGCCAUUGUCAUUGUCAUCGAAAAUCAUCUGCUGCAAACAAAAUGAAUGGACAAACAUCAUUGUCACCAAUAUUAUCAUUGGAGCCACAUCCAGCACAAUCACCACAAUCAUCAUCGUCAUCAUCAUCAUCGUUGCCAAAAUGUGAUAUUGGCACGCAGACAUUAUCGACUGGUGAUAUUGUCAUCACAAAAAUCUAUCAGCUAAAUCAUGGAGCAAAUAAUAUGCAUGGACCAUUGUCGAAAUAAUAAAUCCCUUACUAUGUUUAUUUCAA